UAUGUUUUCUCGUGUUCAUGUCUUUUGACACACUUGAAACAACUCUUUUUAAUGAUAACAAAAAAAGUGGUGUUGUUAAAAGUGGAUAACAAUAUUACAUGGCGUGCAUGAAGCUGGGAUCCAAGUCUGAAGUGUUUCAUCUUGAUGGCGAAACCUGGCUAUGCUCAUCUGGGCUUCCAAGCGAUGUCAUCAUUGAAGUUUGUGAGUGGUCGUUCCAUCUCCACAAGUUUCCAUUGCUGUCUCGAAGUGGAGUAUUAGAGAAUCUAAUUGCAGAAUUCUCUGGUGAGGCUGUGAAAAAGUGUGUUUUACAACUUCAUGAGAUACCUGGUGGAGCCAAAGCCUUCUUGCUUGUAGCCAAAUUCUGUUAUGGUGUAAAAAUAGAUCUCACUGCAUCAAAUGUAGUAGGUCUAAGAUGUGCUGCUGAAUAUCUUCGAAUGAGUGACGAUUAUGGAGAAGGAAAUUUGAUUGUACAAACAGAAAAUUUUCUUAAUGAAGUCUUUGGUAACUGGACAGACUCACUUAGAGCUCUUGAAAAGUGUGAAGAGGUUCUACCGCAUGCUGAAGAGCUUCAUAUUGUUUCAAGAUGCAUCAACUCCUUGGCAAUGAAGGCUUGUGCCGAUCCAAGUUUGUUCAGUUGGCCUAUGUCUGGGAGCGCUGAUGUGCAGAGCCCAGGCGGCACGAUGAUAUGGAAUGGGAUAAGAAUACCAGCCAAGCAACAAACUGUAACUGAGGAUUGGUGGUAUGAGGAUGUUUCCUUCCUUACACUACCACUAUAUAAAAGGCUUAUUAUGGCUGUUGGAAUGAGCGGCAUAAGGCCAGACAGUAUUGCUGGGUCCAUCAUCCACUAUGCAAACCGGCAUCUUCCCUUACUGGGUAGACAAUCAAGUUUCCAGAAUGGGAACCAUGUUGCCCCUGGAUCAACUACUUCUACCCCAUCUGAAUCUGAUCAAAGGAAUCUCCUUGAAGAAUUAGUGCAGUUACUUCCUGAUCAAAAGAAUGUCACACCAACCAAGUUUCUGCUUAGGCUUCUACGCACAUCAAUGAUUUUACAUGCUAGCCCACCAUGUCGAGAGAAUUUAGAAAAACGGAUUGGAGCCCAGAUGGAUCAAGCAGCUCUUGAAGAUCUUCUAAUACCCAAUAUGGGGUACUCAGUGGAGAACCUUUAUGAUAUUGACUGUGUUCAGCGGAUUCUCGACAACUUCAUGCUGUUCAAUCAUGAUACAAUUGAUUCAAAUUGUAUAGUUGAUGAAGGGCAAUUGAUUGGUGGUGCUCAUUCACUUACUCCAAUGACAAUGGUGGCUAACCUGGUUGAUGGAUACCUAGCUGAGGUAGCACCUGAUGUAAACUUGAAAUUACCAAAAUUUCAGUCACUUGCAGCUGUUAUUCCUGACUAUGCCAGGCCAUUAGAUGAUGGAAUCUACCGUGCAAUUGAUAUAUAUCUCAAGGCCCAUCCCUGGCUUACGGAUUCUGAGAGGGAACAGAUAUGCCGGCUCAUGAACUGCCAGAAGCUUUCCCUGGAAGCCAGCACGCACGCAGCGCAGAACGAGAGGCUACCUCUUCGAGUUAUUGUCCAAGUUCUGUUCUUUGAACAACUUCGUCUUCGUACCUCUAUAGCUGGCUGGUUCUUUGUAUCUGAUAACCUUGAAAACUCGCAAAAUGCAAGUGGGAAUCUUGCACUCACCAGAAAUGAUGCCCAUGUCCAAGCAAGAAAUGGACAAGAUCACAUUGUUGCAAUGGAUGACGUGAGAGAUCGCAUUUCUGAGCUUGAGAAAGAGUGUUCGAACAUGAAACAAGAGAUCAACAAGAUGGUGAAGACAAAAGGGAGCUGGAACAUUUUCCCGAAAAGGUUUACUUUCAGAUUAAAAUCAAAAUCCGAUGAACCAAAAGCAUCAAAGCCCUGCAAUUCCAAGGAUUCCCCCACAUCAACAGCACCACUCAUGAAUGGAGAAAAACACAAUAAUGAUAAUCCGGGAGAUGAAAUUCUGAAGCCUUAGACAAUAAAGUUCCAUUGUUCUUCUGUCAUCUUCACGUAUUGAAAGCUUAGAUUGUUAUCUAUUUGCUUGUGGUUUAGUUGAUGGUAUAAUUAUAUAGACAUUAGGUUGUAAAACUGUUUAUUCUUCUUCUUCCAGGGUGAUAUUGAAUAUAAUCUUUCAGCC